CGCUUCGAUAUAGAGUGCCUUAAGAGGCACAGAAAGUAUCUUUGUGAUGUUCGUUAGCUUUAUAAGAGUCUCUCAACUUGCUAUCUGAAUGCAUCUAGCACAAUGAACACUUCGAUUCAGACGCUGCUUCCCAAUCAAACAUGUCGGAUCGGCAGUGACAACAGCUUUGGGCCAGCUAUUGCCCUCAACUGUCGUUCUUUCGAUUUCACUUUGCUAUUCGAACAGAUCUUCUUGUCACUCAUUCCAUCACUAUUCCUUAUUCUAUUAUCCCCGAUUCGCCUGGCAACCGUCAUCCGAGGCGAAGUCAAGGCUGUGUCAAGUCCCAUCCAUUCAUCGAAGAUCGUCAUAGCCGUAGUUUAUGCUAUCCUGCAGAUUGUUCUGCUGGUGCUUUGGUGCCUCUCACCUACUGAGCGAACCGAAGUCUCCAUCUCGGCCGCUGUCUUGUCCUUUGCAGGAGCAGCAUUCAUCUGCGUCUUGUCUCAUUUCGAGCACGUUAAAUCUAUCCGGCCUUCAGCGAUCAUCAACCUCUAUCUCUUCUUCUCUGUUCUGUUUGAUGCGGUACAGCUCAGGACACUCUGGAUGAUUCCUGGUUUAGACACAAUUGCUGGUGUUUUCUCGGCAUCAUUUUCGGCCAAAGCAACACUGCUCAUUCUUGAAGCAGUAGAGAAAGGUCCAUAUCUAGCACCGCCUUAUCGCUGGACAACACCAGAAGCAUUGAGUAGUGUAUACAAUGUGAGCGUCUUCUGGUGGCUUAACCGACUGUUCAGGACUGGGUUCAGGAAGGUCAUUGCUUUCGAGGAUUUGUACACGCUUGAUCCUAAUCUACAAUCUGAAAAGCUACACGUUCUAUCACAGGCUUCUUGGGAUCGAGUAAACAAGGACACCAAGCAUCCUCUUGUCAAGAGCACUUUUACGGCAUUAAAGUGGCAGUUUCUAGCACCCGUGUUUCCUCGGCUUUGCUUGAUUGGGUUCAACUAUGCUCAACCGUUCCUUAUCAAUAGAACGACAAGAUUCGUCACUGAACCAUUGUCUCUAGAUAACACGAACGUCGGAUAUGGCUUGAUUGGCGCCACUGCGAUCGUCUACAUCGGUCGCGCUGUGGCGACUGGGCGAUACAAGCAUGCAACGUAUCGUGGUAUGACAGUGCUGCGCGGUGCCUUGGUUUCCAUGAUUUAUUCUAAGACCUUGAAGUUGAAUUUAGUGGGAUCUAAAGAUGCUCCUGCAGUAACUUUGAUGUCUACUGAUGUUGGCGGUAUCACAACCUCUCUCGACUCGCUCCAUGAUAUAUGGGCGUGCACGGUUGAAGUCGCUAUUGGCGUGUACCUGUUAUGGCUCUAUGCUGGAGUAGGCUUCGUUGUGCCCCUCAUUCUCGCUUUCGUUUCUGGAGGCAUCAAUUACUUUGUGAUUGGAAAGAAAAUGGUAGGGUAUCGCAAGACUUGGAACGAAGCCACUCAGAAAAGGGUAGCUCUUGCUGCAUCUGCCCUCCGCGAAAUAGUAAGCACGAGGAUGAUGGGACUUGGACCGCGUAUACAGGCUCUCCUUCAAAGCCAGCGCGUCCGAGAACUGCAUCGCAUGAAGGGACUUCGUUGGAUGAUCAUUUGGAUGAAUGUUUUUGGGGGGCUGGCAAGAUUGUACUCGCCGCCUUUUGUCUUCAUGGUUUAUGUUGUUCGUGCGAGGUCAGGUAGAGGGCAUCCUCUGAACACAGCGCAGGCUUACACUAUCCUCUCUAUACUAGGGCUAAUAGUAAACCCAUUGUCGAUGGUAAUCACAAUGAUUCCAUCCACAAUGUCAUCUCUUGCCUGCUUCGACAGGAUUCAGCAAUUCCUUCUACGAGAGGAGCAAGCGGACGACAGAUUAUUGAAUCUUCCAGUGAGUGGCAGUCCUGCUGCAUCAACCUCAGGAAUCGAGAUGCAAAUCCUACCACCCCGAGGGGGACUGUCUCAGAAUGAGCAUGCAAUUUUACUGGACAGUCUGUCCCUAGGUUACUCAAAGAAUACAAAUGUUGUUCAAUCCGCAACCUCGAGUCUAAAAAGGGGCACAAUUACCAUGAUUGUUGGACCUGUAGGCUCGGGAAAGACGAGUCUGCUUCUCGGGUUGCUGGGGGAACUGAGGAGUAAUAAGGGUUUCAUCCGGUUGGAUGCUCAAAAUAUCGGAUAUUGCAGUCAGAGUGCCUGGCUGCCAAAUGGUACAGUAAGGCAAAUAAUAGCUGGUACCGAAGAUGAUUUAGAAGAUGUCGAUGAAGUAUGGCUUCGAAGUGUAAUUUACGCUUGUGCACUUGAUGUCGACAUCGAGCUCUUUCCUCGGGGAGAACAUUCUCUGAUCGGCAGCCGUGGUCUAACUUUGAGUGGGGGUCAACGACAACGUCUCGCUCUUGCCCGAGCAGUUUAUCAAAGACAAAUUCUACUUAUAUUGGAUGAUAUUCUCAGCGCUUUGGAUGCGAAGACCGAGGCACUCGUGUUCUCUCGCCUGUUCUCGAAUUCAGGUAUCUUGCGACAACAGAGGACAACAAUCAUUUUGGCCACACACGCAGUCCAUCACAUGCGUUCAGCAGAUCACAUUAUUGCUCUCGGCCCCGAUGGAAGCAUCGUUGAGCAGGGCAAUGUCGCCGAGCUUGAGUCGACGGAUGGAUAUAUCAAAUCAUUAGCUAUUGCAGAGUCACAGAAAUGCCUAGAUCAAUCUAGCGAUUUGGGAAAAGAAGAAAUGCGUAAUCUCCGCUCUUUCACAGCUCCGGCUUCAAUUCCAACAGGCGAUACGGGAAACGAUGCACGAAGACUUGGAGACUUCUCAGUAUACAACUACUACCGGAAAGCACUGUCUUUAUCACGACUAGGUCUGUUUGUAAGCCUUGAGAUAUUUUCUGUUUCUGCUUAUAAACUAAUACAGCUCCUGGUCGGAUGGUGGAGUGACGCAAGUGGUGGCCAUACUAACUUGUUUAUUUGUGCCGCUUUUCUACUGCCUUGCUUGGCACUAUCUUCGCAAGUAGCUUACUUACGCACUAUACUGGUCAGCAUGGGUCCCCUUGCUGGCCGACGGUUGCAUUGGAUUCUCACUCGCGUCGUAUUUGCAGCGCCUUUGAGUUUCUUCACGAAUACUGAUAGUGGUAUCAUAUUGAACCGUUUCAGUCAAGACAUGACCAUCGUCGACAUUCAACUGCCAAUCGCUCUUUUACAGACUGUGCACACGACGUUAGAGGUCCUUUGGAGUCUCGUUCUUAUGUGCUAUGGUGCCUACUACUUGUUUGCAUUUGUGCCUUUCUUAGGCGCUAUUUUGUAUGCAAUUCAAAAUUUCUACCUGCGAACAAGUCGACAGAUUCGUAUUCUGGAUCUAGAAUUGCAGUCUCCUCUCUUCAGUACAUUCACGGAGACAAUAGAAGGCUUAUCCACUAUUCGAGCCUUUGGUUGGCAAGAUAAAUUGAUGAGAGCCUUCCUCAAGAGAUUAGAUGCUUCGCAACGCCCAUUCUACCUUCUUUUCUGCAUUCAGCGCUGGCUCAACUUUGUUAUGGAUCUUUUGGUUGCUUGUAUGGCAGUAUUGUUGGUCAGCUUCGCGACGCAGCUGAAGAAUACAACAUCUGGCGUUGCUAUUGGUAUCGGCUUGCUGAAUGUAUUGGAUUUUGGAGGAAUGGCUGCAGCGCUUAUUCAAUAUUGGACUACCCUCGAGACUUCGAUAGGAGCAGUUGCUAGGCUCAAGCAGCUAGAAGCGGAUGUCAAGCCAGAAUCUCGACCACAAGAGGUCGAGAAACCUGCUGGCGGAUGGCCUCAAGGAGGUGCAGUGACUUUUGGCAGUGUCUCUGCAAGAUAUGCAUCUGACUCGGAAAAUGUUCUCCAUGAAAUUGACCUCAGUAUCAAAGGUGGAGAGAAAAUUGGUAUCUGCGGCAGAACCGGCAGUGGCAAAUCGACAUUGAUAGGCCUUUUAUUUCGUCUCUCUCCUGAACACACGGGUACCAUCACUAUCGAUGACCAGGAUAUCUCACUGCUGUCGAGGGAGGAGGUUCGAAGCUCUAUCAUCGUAAUUCCUCAAGAACCCUGCCUACUAUCUGGCAGCGCUCGUUUCAAUGCUGCGCCAUACACCACCAAGAUCAUGUCUGAAGCGGAGUCGGAAGAAUUUGAAGCUCCAGAAGCUUUACCAACCACAACCUCGAGGUCACAACAGCCAAUAUCUGACACAUCCAUCAUCAACGCCCUCAAAAAGGUCGGGCUUUGGGAACAGAUUGCUGACGGUGGCGACUUAUCCCAAUCAGUUGAUAGCAUCGGUCUGUCCCAUGGACAGAAACAACUCUUCUGUCUUGCUCGUGCUCUACUUCGGAAAGAUACUAGUCGGGUUUUAGUCCUCGAUGAGGCAACUAGUAGCGUCGACAAGAAGACCGAUGCUGUAAUGAGAGCAGUCAUCGAGGAGGAGUUCCAAGACCAUACUGUAAUCACCGUCGCUCAUCGAUUGAGUAGCCUGAGCUGGUGUGAUAGAGUUGUUGUGCUUGAUAAGGGGAGGAUUGUGGAGUUGGGGCAUCCCGAAGAAUUGAUGAAAAUGAAGGGUGGAUGGUGGAAGCAGUUGUGGGAUGCGCAGAAUUGAUAGGAGUCGGGACAUUACAGGCACCCUACAACUUGGUACACAUAUGGUGUAAUCAACAGAUGACUCCUCUGUUCUAUUCCUUUGACCUUUUGUGUCGAGUCAAUGUUUUCUCAACAAGAAAAAAAACCGUCUCCGAUCAACUACCUUGGCAGAAUGGGCUUUUUUGGUUCACACGGAACAUCGUAAACAGACCACAGAACACCGAGAAUUGCUAUCUCAGCCAAGGAUGCCCUUCAUUCACCUCAAAAACGUGCUCCCUCAAUCUGCUAUGAUCUCCAUCACGACGUUAUUUCCCCUGAACGCUAAGCGAGGCCAAGCGUGCGGGGCUCCUUGAUAGGGUAAUACGUACCUCCCACACCUUCAUAUGGAUAAACAAGCAUUCAGGAACAACACCCUAGAUUAGCGAUAUUGAAGCUCAAUAUAAAUUUGAGGAACGCGUUUUUACCCUUCAACAAGCACUCGGGUGCCCACAUUUUAGUAUUCCGUUCAC